AUGUAUGAAGAUCGAGCUUCUAAAUUACAUGGAGGUGACACAGAAUAUAAAUUAGAUGUACAAAGAAAGAGGAAAAGAAAAAUUUUCUACGAUGAACCACAAGAUGAACUUAAUUUUUGUGGAAGAAAACAUUUUUUGAUAAAUACUUACUAUGUUAUUUUAGAUAAAAUACAUACAGAGUUAUUCAAACGAAAAGAGUCAUAUGAUAAAAUAACAUUAAAAUAUUCCUUUUUUUUUAACCUAACUACAAUAUCGGAAUCAGAAGUUUUUAAAUGUGCUGAAAACUUAUGUAAAAUAUACAAAGAUGACUUAGAUAAAAGCUUUUGUAAUGAAUGUGUACACUUCCAAAGUCAUAUUAAGUCUCUUAAAGAUAAAGCUCCAAAAAAUAUCCGGGACCUAAGUACACUGAUACGAUCCAAAGAUUUACAAACAAUCUAUCCAUAUGUGGACAUUGCACUUAGAAUGUUUCUGUGUACACCAGCAACGAAGUGUUCUUUAGAGCCCCAUUGGUCAUCGGAUGAUAACCGGAAGUCUUAA